AUGGCGCAGGACCACGACUACCAAAUGUAUUCCCCUUACCUCCACAAUUCUACCGCAACGUCCAAACUUAUAGAAUUUCCACUCGAGAUCCACUCGGAUGAUAUCCCCAACACCGGGGCGUUGAACUUCCGCCCAAGUGGACGGAAGAAAUUCAUCUUUGAAUGGUUCAUGGGGUCACGAUCGACAGCGAACUGGGAGUCAUGGAAAUGGGCACUGUUUGAGAGGCGCAAAUUUGAACGGUUUCUCCAGGAGUUCAAAAAGUGGACGUCAAAGAUAAAAGAACUUGUUCCUUUGAUGUUGGCCCUUCACCCUCGCUACGAUAGCUCGGCAGUCUUAGAAAGUCUUAUCUCCAACGAGCAUUCCAACCGUCUGGGUAUGGCACCGCACGCACGUCUGCGCAAGCUGACUAUCGAGCCUGCUGUUCACCAGACGAACUUCUUUCUACAGAAUGCCACGCUGGACGCCCUUUUGGAUCGGGAGUGUCUGACUAUGGCAAGUCUCUCCAAGCCUUCAUCUUCGUUGGAGAAAGAGGCGGACAGGGUAUUGGUUGAAUUUAAGAAAUAUGGAGAAGAUAAUGCGGACGCACGUCCAGACACGGUAACAGUGGAUCGCGUCCAACAGCUCGCCAGCCUUCUCUCGUCUGCGGGAAAGGACAAUCUGCGUACUUUGAGCUUCCGUGGCAUCAUUGAUCUACCGCAACAAAGCCGCUACGCCUUCAUUUUUAAUUUCCCUUCUAAGGCCGCCGACGUGGAACCUAUCUCGUUACAUGCACUGAUGGAUUCCACUGCGGGAUCAGCUUCUCGACUGACGUUGCCUCAACGGUUUCGCGUAGCGCAAGACGUGACCAGGGCAAUUUCCGCAUUUCAUGUCGACGGGUGGGUCCACAAGUCGAUCCGGAGCCAGUCGAUCAUCUUUUUCCAAGACAAAGCUGCCCAAUCAUCUCGGCUCUACGCAGAUCCCUUUCUCGUAGACUUUGAAUUCGCACGACCUCAGACGGCGGAGACACAAUACACGUUCGACAACAACUUGGAAAGAAAUCUCUAUCGACAUCCAGACCGGCAGGGUGCGCCCACUGUCAGUUUCCGGAAGAUGCAUGAUAUUUACAGUCUGGGAGUGGUCCUGCUGGAAAUUGGACUCUGGCAAACUGCGAUGAGUAUCCACCAGAAUGCGACCAAGAAACUCAAGGAAGGUGUCAUGAUGAACCCGCAUGCGAUGCAAAAUCUCUACAUCGAGAUAGCGAGACGGCGACUGCCACAUCACAUGGGUCCUGCCUAUCGUGAUGCCGUGGUCAAAUGCCUCUCUUGCAAGUCUACUGACGAUGAUAGCCGUCUCGCAAUUAUUUUUUACGAGGAAGUCGUGCAGAAUAUCGAUGUGACCAAGCUUCAGUAG